ACAUCUACCACCAGGGGGCAGUAUUGGUUCAUUAUGAAUCGGCGCACCAGCGAGGAGGACGAAAAUCAACACAAAAGAUGAGAUUUGUUCUUUACUGAAAGUGUUUUCAAACCCUCUGAGCCGCUUUCACAUGAGGAACAGUUCAGGUGAGAGUAAUGAACCUCCACACUUCUAGAAAACAGCCUCAAACAGCUGCUUCUCUAAUCUGCCCUGUGAUGGAGGAAAUACUCGUCCAGUGGGAAAGUUGAUACACCUGCUGGGUGACACCGGCGCGGCUCGUCCCGGCGGGGCGGGGCGGGCGGGGUCAGGUGUCGAUUUGUUUCCCUCCUCCACCUUCACCACCACCUGUGACUGUGAGCUCACUCGAUCUCGUCCGAGUCCAAGUCGUGCUCUGUGAAAUCUGCUGUCAGGUGAACUAGUGUCACAGAACUGGGCCUGAUGUACCUGCAGAGAUAAAGAAGUGCUGCUCGGUCGGUAGACAGUUUGGAGGAUCCUUCUUCAUCGAUGUGGAGACACUGACUGAAGUCCAGCUGGUGUUUCUGUUCCCUCAACACAACAACACGAUGCGAGAAGUUCAGCUGAACAAUGAGACGUGCAGGAACGGCUCGGAGGUCCGGCUGUUGUGCGGCUCUCAUUCUGCAGUGUGUCUCAUCCCUGGAGAUCAAACAUUGUACCACACACCUCUGGACAACAACACUCACUCAACAGAUCUGCAGACAAAUGGCUCGUACAAGCUGUGGCUGGGCCUGACUCUGGCCCUGCUGUCCGCCUUCCUGAUUGGUGGGAGCGUCAUCCUAAAGAAGAAAGCUCUCCUCCGAUUGGCCAGCAAGGGUCACACCAGAGCAGGGGAUGGAGGUCAUGGCUACCUGAAGGACUGGCUGUGGUGGGGAGGCCUGUUAACAAUGGGAGCAGGAGAGGCCUGUAACUUUGCCGCCUACAUGUUUGCUCCGGCCACGCUGGUGACUCCACUGGGCGCUCUGAGUGUCCUCAUCAGUGCAGUUCUGUCCUCCCACCUGUUGGGGGAGGUGCUGAACGUGGUGGGGAAGCUCGGCUGUUUUCUGUGCGUGCUGGGAAGCAUCUUGUUGGUAAUCCACGCCCCGCAGGAACAGGAAGUGACAUCACUACAGGACAUGACCAACAAGCUGCUGGAGCCUGGGUUCCUGGUGUACAUGUCGUUCGUGUUGGUUCUGUGUACGGCUCUCGUGCUGUAUUUCUCUCCUCGGUUCGGACCCUCCAACAUCCUCGUCUACAUCAGCAUCUGCUCGCUGCUCGGAGCCUUCACCGUCUCCUCUGUGAAGGGCCUCGCCAUCGCCAUCAACACCGUGAUGUAUGAUAUUUCAGUGCUUGCUAAUCCUCUCACCUGGAUACUGCUGCUCACUCUCAUCGUCUCCAUAGUAACACAGGUGAACUACCUCAACAAGUCUCUGGACACCUUCAACACCCUGCUGGUCUACCCCAUCUACUACGUCCUCUUCACCUCCGUGGUUCUGUCCACCUCCAUCAUCCUCUUCCAGGAGUGGAGCAGCAUGGCGCCAGUGGACGUGGUCACGACGCUGGGAGCCUUCCUGGUCAUUGUGGUGGGCGUGGCCAUGCUCCACCUCUUCAAAGAGCUGCAGAUGACGAUGAAGGAGCUGACCAGUCAGCUGGCUCAGCCGGUGGAGAGGGAGGGGCUCUCAGAGGAGAUUUCAGCCAAUACACGAGCAGAAGAAGAUCGAGGAUGGAGGAAUAAAAAAGAGGAUAAAUAUGGUUUGAUGGACAACAUGGUGAUCGAGAGUCUUCCUCCUAUGAGAGAGGAGGGACCGAGAGUCUUCAUCAUCAGCUGAGAGAGACAGAAGAAGAGCAGAGACACAGGUUUGUGUUUCCUGUCUGGACUCUCUCUGACUGAUGGUAUAAACCUUAAGCACUUUUUUAAAAGGUCUGGGCUUUUAGUUCGACCGCGUUUCAGUUCAACAAGGAGGUCCAACAGCUUUCACACACCACAAAUCACCUGAACCUGAACCUGUUGUCCAGGUACUGGGCAAAAAGCUGAGGUAAACUCUCAAACACAUCACCUGAAGCCACUUUAGCAGAUUGGAUAACAAUAGGAAAUCAAAAAUGCUGUGAAUGAAUCCGAGGAGCAUUCAAGCGAUAUUUCAACUGACAAUCAAACGACUACAAACAGGAAAAAACUACAAAAAGGCUGAAAACAUCAACACAGAAAUGCACUGACACAAUGACAGAAUAGAGACACAGUAAGACCACAAAGAGACCGAAUAAAAACAUACACAAAAUGUGUGCAAACAGAUGCAAAGCAACUACAAAGAAACAUAAUUACUAGAAAGGGACACAAAUUAAUUAGAAAUUAGUACAAAGAUGCACGUCAUUGUUUAAAAAUAAAUGAAAGUGACUGCAGAGAGAAUUCAAAUGUGUAUAAGUCUCUAUGAUCUUUUUAGUCAAAUAAACACAAAACUAUAGUGAAACAAAAUGACUGCAAGCAGAUGCAAAAAGACAACAAAGAAUUAAUACAACUACAAAGAUGCACAAAACGACUAUAGAGAGCAAGACUACAAAGGUAAUUACAGAGAGACGUAAAACGGCCUCAAAGACAUAAAUGAUGCAUAAAACAACUACAAAGAAAUUGAGAAAAAAAGAGGAAAUAUUCAUGGUGACCUCAAAGAGACAUAAAAAGACUACAACUCUACACAAAACUACUGCAGUGAGUAAAAAAGGACUACAAACUGAAUGCCAAAUGACAGCAAAGACGAUUAGAAUGACUUCAAACAAAGAGACGCAAAACGACUACAAAGACACACAAAAAUAACUGUAAAGUGACGGGAAGGUGUUUGGUGUCAGCGAAGGAGUAUUAAAUUAUGUGGGCUUGUUAUCCAGAGUGGAGACGCUGGAAUCACAAAUGUAAAGGAGCAACUGUUUAUCAUUAUCAGUAAUAAGGAGAUGCUCUGCUACAGCUUCAACGUACUGUUUCCUUUUUCCUCUUGAAAGUGGUGAGAAAAUGAAAGUGUUUUUUUCUAUGAAGACAUUUAUUUCACUCACCAUCACUAACUUUAAUAACCAGCUUCUGUAUUUGAGAUUGGAUUUUCUGAAUGUUGGACUUUAAAGAUAUAACUCGUUUUUUGCACUGGAUCUCUUGUCAACAAAUCUCAUGAAAAACAGUCAAACCCAACAAUGUGUUUGUGUCUGUCAGGACUGUGUGGAAACACUCAGCGCUGCAGCUGAUAAUCAUGUCUGAUAAUGUGUGAUAAAUUGUGUUUUAGAACAGGUGCAAUCUAGGCGUGUCACAUGAAACCCUGUUCUGAACGGGUAUCCGCUCUGAAUAAAUAAUAACCUGCAGGAUUUUAGGUCAAACGCGUCAGGCAGCGGUGUAACUUGAUAGCGGUGUGGUCACCUUUUUGAAUCGCUGCCAUAGUUCUAACACAAAUUAGGUCCACAAAUUAGAGGAAAUAAACAUAUUAUCCUCCACACAAUAGGAUCAGCAUCUCCUCUCUCAGUUUUAAAUGUCACACUGAGUGGGAUCAGAUUGUGAGCUGUUAAUCUGUUGUUGUCUAUUUCAUUGUUUAACAGUGUAAGUGGCUGCUGUGCUGUUACUUUGACCUCGGGCUUUAAGUUAAUUCAGCCUGGCUAUCUAAUGUAUCUUAUAUCUGAUUAUUUUUCUUUUGUGGCAGGAAACGCAGCACAUGGGACUGUACAGAAACAUGCUGUAUUAAGGGGCUCACCACAUAUUUACAGCAGGCGAACAAUAAUGUUAACCACUACAGACAAUCAGCGCAUUGUUGACUUUGAUGUUUUCACAGAUUUGUUAAGAGAAAUGAGAAAAAUGUGAGAAUCCAUACUUGGUUUGGUGAGAAACAUUUACAGAUGUUUUUUUUGUAUGUAUUUAUUUGUAUUUUCUGUUGAGGAAAUCUGGGUUAAAACUUUUCCGUCCCUCUGUGGUGCCAGGAGAUGACGGCAGAGUGAGACACCUUCGCUUCUGUUUUGAAACCCUCGUGUUUUCAUCGUUACGGUUGUCGUCUCUGCUGAUGACUCUGAGUCUAUGACGCAGCCAGACUAACUAAACUGUUUCUGUGAUACAUACUGACCGUCGUUCAGUGUUGGCUGUAACUUUCAGCUUGAAUUGCAUUUUCCAUGAGGGACAUUUUGUCAAGAAAAUCACACAAAACAAACGCACACCUCAGUGAUUCAAAAAUAUGUAAAGCCUUUUACAAGAUUUAUUUAAAGAUACGUAUUUAAUAUUAUUUCUUUGAAAAGGUGGAUAUGAUUUUUAGAGCAACAAAUUUAGUUCAAACAGACGACAGAUAGAUGCAAAGAGAUGAUCUAUUGUCUUUCUGUUGUCCACUUGUCGACUAUGAAGAGACGACAGAUGGACUACAGAGAGAAAGAAAGAAUAGAAAGAUUAACAUGGUAAAGAUUUUAAUGAAAGUGGGAACACUUUGUUUACAGCUCCUGCAUAAAGUCUCAAGGUUCUGCCACCAGAAGCCUGUAAAUCAGAACAAGCAAAGAAAUUUUAACUAAAGUUCGACUUCUGCUUUUAUUUUUAGAUAGUUUAGCCUCGGGCCUCAGUGAUCGGUGACCCUGACACGUUGUGUAUACACUGAAUGAUGGUCAGUAAUGAACUGUAACUGUAUAAUAUGUCUGCAGCUGAAGACUCUUCAGUUUAUGAAGCUCAGAUGAACAAAGUGUCAGUGUUUUGUUACUACAGACUGUAGGAACACGCAGCUGUUUGUUCAGGUUUGGGCUCACUCGAACAUCUCACAUGUACUUUGCAUGAAUGAUAAUCAAUUUCCACUGUUUCAGAUUCUUGUUCACUUGAAAACGAGAAGCAUUUAUGCAAAGUAUCUGUGAUUUGUUGAAUCGCUCAGACAAAAUUUCAAAACUCUCAGACUUCGGUCAACAAACAAUUUAUUUUCCUGUUUUUCAAGUUUUUAAAUCCUAUUGUGGUAUUUUAAAUGCACACAGAUCAUUUCAAUAAAGACUUGUUGCCAGGAGACAAAAA